AUGCAUCAAACCCGCCAAUCGACGCCUCUGACGCCGACGAGCCGCAGCGUCGACGACGUGGAACAAGAGGAGAGGAGAGCAGCGCGGAGGAAUAGACGUCCACGCGCCAUUUCCACGUCGACGCUAGAUUCAGACGCUGCGCCCCCAGACGAACAGAUUACAGACUUUACUACGCGUGUGAACCAGCGAUGGGCAUGGGCACAGAGAGCGAGGAGCUCAGUCGAAGAGAGGCGCGAGCGAGAGCGAAUCGAAAAGGAGAUGCGUAGAGAGGAGCGUAAAGAGCGUAAAGCACUCAAAAAGCUCGCUCAGCAAGGCGCAUUUGCAGGUGAAGAUGAAGAGUUUGAGGGAUCCAGUUCAAUCGCAUCUCCUGCACCAGAUGCUGGUGCUGCCGACGAAUUUGGUCCAUUCGUCGCUGGUUCUCAAGCCUCGACACACCAACGAACGGCGAGCGAGGAUCGUGAAGAGGAAGAGGCCGACUUUGACGCGGCUGCCUAUACCAAAAAGAGUCGAGCUGGUGGAGAUGGUAGUCAAAGCGGUAGUGGUUCACACUCUAGGAGCCGCUCGAGAACCUCUGCUUCGCUUUCCGCAGAUGGCUCGACUACCCGGCCAAAGCCAGGGCGUUCUCCCCAGCCGUCUCCUUUGGGCCAGGAGUUUAAUGGCCCAUCUUCACCAAAACCGACGAGUGUGACACCCCGCAAGAAAAAGGAGAAAAAGGACCACACUCGUGCUAAACCAUCCAAGUCCUCCUUGGGCUCUUCGACCGCGACACCCUCUUUGCCAUCUCCUAAAUCAUCACCUGCUCUAGAUGUCAAGAUUCAUUCCCAAGACUUUGAUGGCGUUCCAGGAGGAUUGGUUACCUCACUUGAUAAUGAGGUCACCAAGCGGCUUUAUACCGACCGACGGAUCAAGCGUGCCAACAAGACGAGCGACGACGACGAGAUCCAGAUUCGUAGGACAUAUCCUGACAUGCACCCUCAUCUCAGUCGACGAUACUUGACCUUUCGAUCCGAAAAGUCUUGCCUAUCCCAAGGUGCGCCAGAAGUCAUCUCCAGCCAGCCAGGAUCGCUGACGAUGUCUAUGCGCAAAGAUGUCACACAAAACGUGAUAUCAAAUGUCAUUUAUAACUCUGAGCUACACAAGUGGACGCCAGAGAUGGUCGUCCUAUUCGAGUCGCCACCCACUGGGCCUGGUAGAGGACUCAAACGCAAGCGCGAGGUCAUCAUGCGUGAGCCAGCGUGGUUCAUCUGGAGCGAGCAAAUGUGCGAGCAGUUCAAACUGCUCAACCUGCUCAGCUUAAACUUUAAUGACCCGGAAGACAAGGCGCAAAUGUAUACCUAUCACGGCGAAAACUCGUACGAAGCCAAAGCUUUACGACAUAUACGCAAGGUGGUCAAACUAAGAGAGAUAGAGCAGGGAGAAAAGGACUACCAACGCGUGCAAAGGAUGCAGAAAUCAGAGGAAUGUGCCGACGCUGUGCCUUUGGCGGGCGCGUCAUGUACAAACACGGCAAAAUCAGAAAUGCCGUCAUCUAAAGAUGCGACUGAUACGCAAGGAAGACGAGACAAAGAGCUACAGCCGGAAGGAGAGGACGACGCAGUGGACGACUUCUCUCAACCUCCACGCAAACGCCGCUGCCGCGAGGGGAUCCAUCGCGACCUCAUUAUAUUAUUUCCGUACACAAAUAUACUUCCAAACGAGGAAGAUGCCGAAUAUUGGAGAUAUUUGUGGAGCUUCUUCAUCAAAUCCCAAGCCUACUUUGACCGCGUGGCGAGCUUUAUUCCCGCAGACGUGAUCAAGACACUGCCGCCGCUUCUUGAACCGACGACCUGCACCUGUGCAUGGGAGACAUUUCGACAACGAGCGGCCAAGAUUGAUGCUUUGGGCAGGGUUAUUGAUCCGCAUUCAAAACGAGAUCCCUUUGAAGAUGAAAGUCUUCCUGUGGAUGAAAAUGAGCCGGAGGAAACCCAAACAUAUACCAAGGAAGAGCUUGCGCGCCAAUCGCAGCCCGAGCAAACCGACGAACAUGCGCAAUGCGAGGCUCAAACAACGGACGGGGUGCCUCCAGCUAUCACUGUGACUAGUGCUGCGCAGUCCAAACCCAUACGCGCACUAAAGAGCGCAUUGGCCUGCGUCUCUUCUCCCACCAAAAUUCUGAAGCCAUACGCCCUUUGGACGUCAGAGGAAUCUGAUAUAUCACUUGCAUCGGAGUCGACAUUGAUCAAGCAAGCGAAGAAGAUACUUGAUGAAAGCGAUGCGAAUAUUGGAAAACUCUUGCGGAACGAAGCCCGACCCGAUGUGGAGAAGAGCUCAGUGUAA